GUUGCGGUCUUCAGUCCUUCAUCUCGACAUGAUGGGUCUCAGCGGCAUUGCUCAGCGCUACCUUACAGCCUUCGCGGUGCUUACCAGCGCUGGAAGCGCUUCUACCGUCACUCUGCCCGGGUAUGGUAGUUUUGCUGGCACUACUGUUAGCCAGUACCUGACCAAAAGGCCUCUACCAGCUACAGUGGAUGCCUGGCUUGGUAUCGACUACGCCUCUCAGCCCGUCGACGACCUACGAUUCGCCCCUGUAGGGCCUCCAGCAGCUUUCUCGGGAAUCAAGAACGCCACUCAAUAUGGUCUUUCCUGCAUCCAAGAUGCGUCGUUGGUGCCAUACGCACAGGACGAGGCAUGUCUGAACCUGAACGUCUUCCGCCCUCAAAACAUCUCGUCGAACGCCAAACUACCAGUAUUCAUCUGGAUCCAUGGAGGAGGUUUUGUGUCUGGUUCUGCGAGGAGUUUCGACGGUCCGGCUUUUGUGGCCAACUCAGAGGAACCCUUGAUAGUCGUAAACUUAAACUACAGGAUUAACUCUCUUGGUUUCCUGCCCUCUCCAGUAUUCGAUCGCCUGGGCCUUCUCAAUCUGGGUCUUUUAGACCAGCAGUUGGCCUUCGAGUUUGUGCAGCAGCACAUUUCAGCUUUCGGCGGUGACCCUGAGCGUGUUACCAUCGGUGGUCGGUCUGCAGGUGCACACUCCGUUGGUAUCCAUUUAUUCCACAACUACAACAAGACCGAGGGCGCUUCUCCAUUGUUCUCUCAAGCUAUCCUACAAUCUGGAAGUGUCACUGCACGUGCCUUUCCCAACGCUUCCUACCCAUUGUAUCAAAAGCAAUUCUCGCAGUAUCUUGAGCUGACAGGAUGCGGCGGUGUUGCAAACGGUACAGAUGACGAGGUUAUUGGAUGCCUGCGUGCAGCAAACAUCACUCUGAUUCAGGAGGCGAGUAACAAGUUGUUUUCCGACUCCGAGUACAACAUCGCUUGGCCGUUUCAGCCUACCCGCGGCGGCCCCCUUCUCGAGGAAGCAGGUUCCACAGCCGGGAUAAACGAGCAGUUCUUCCGCGUCCCAACUAUUACGACCAAUGUCCGUGAUGAGGCCAAAUACUACAGCCCUGGCGACAUCGAGACGAACGAAGAGUUCUUAGACUUCUUUAAGAAUCUCAUCCCCUACCUCUCCGAGCAAGAUGUCUCUGACUUGGAGGCACUGUAUCCCGAUCCCACCAACGACAUCAACGGCGACUGGUCCCCGUACGCCCACAGUCCCAACUCCACUCAGUACAAUCGCAUCUCUGCUGCGCUCACCGACUAUAUGUACGCUUGCGCUGGUCAAGAGACCGCAGUCCGUAUGUCUUCUGCCGGCGUACCGGUAUACAAGAUGCUCUGGACUGUCAACAACACUUUCCCAGCCUGGGAGGGUAUCCCCCACACCGCUGAUACCAAAUACACAUGGGCUGAAGGAAACGGCACUGGUGGCGUCCAGUACCCUGAAGUUGGCAAGCAGCUGAAUACUUACUUCUCCGACUUCGUUGUCUACGGUGACCCAAGUGCGCGUAAUAGGACGGGUCUCCCGAAGUGGCCGAAGUACGUUGAUGAUAUCGCUGAGGGCAAGCCGGGACUUCAAUUGCGAUUUGAGGCUUUUGGCAAUACUAGAGUUGAGGGCGAUGCUAUCAGGAGGAAGCAGUGCGAGUGGUGGAGAGACCCGGAGAGGGCAGUGAGAUUCGAGAAGUAGUGCAAGAAUCGUCAAGCUGGAUCAGAGAGCUACCAACCGUAAGACCUCAGCUCGAUAUCUAACAAAACAUCAAUACUAGCCCAGCAAUCGAAACGCUCUUCCCUGUAUCCCACCGCCUCAGUACUGACCCAGCCAACGUGUUUGUGGUGUUGUCGUAAAACUUGAUCGCCCCAUUCAACAGGCCCCGCGCACUCGGCAUUGCUAUAUCACUUCCCUCGACCAGUCUGGCAACAAGCACGAGAUCUCUACAUGCACAUCCUCCGCCGACCCGUUGUGACCCGAAUCCUUGGGGGUUUCAAGGCUACGAUUUGGCCAGAACGUAACGAUACUAGAUGUUGAAAACGGAGAGCAGUAGAGAAGCGAGUAUGGACGUUUGCCUCUUCGCUGUGAGGAUCGCGCAAAGAACUGUCAUGUAAUGAAGUGGGAU